CUUUCAGUCUCCAAAUCUAGUUUACAAUCGACGUGUGAUGGCGGUAAGUGUGAAGUCGGCGAUACAAACAAGCUGAUGCAAAGACAUUCUCCAGCUUCUGGUUUAGGUUAUAAUUUGUAGCCAUGAUGUCAACAUGCUCCAAUACGACAGCAAGCAGUUCGUAUACCUGCUCAACACUAGUGGAGAGGGAGGAACAAAUGUUUGAGUAUGAAACACAGCACUUGGGCUUCACUCCCAAAGCUUUCUGUAAUGGAGUAUACAACGCAGCACUGGAAUACAUCCAAAAAGCUAUACAAGAAAUAGAAACAUAUUUGUCAGAAGAGUAUAGUACUGUGAUGAAACCUGCACAAAUCAAAGAGGCUUGUGAUGCGAUCCUCUCCACCAUGGUCAGCAAGUUGGACAAAAACUUUGACAUCAUAGAGACCUAUCUGACAAAGAACGUGCUGACCAUACCAGACAAUGUAUUACUCCCGGAGGACAAGGCCCAGGCAGGGGGAGAGAGGUACUCUCCAGAACAGGAGGAUGUCCUUGACACCGAGAUACAGGAGCUGAAGGAUAAAAUUCUGGCAUUGAAGUACGCUAACAGCAAGCUGAAGCAGGAGAUGUCCUUGAUUGAUCAUGUCCAGGCUCGCUUUGACCAGGCACAGCAACAACUUCAGAGGCUGGACGACAUCAAUUCAGAGUCGGGAGUUUCAGAUGUAAAGGACUGUCUUAUGUUCACAUCCCAGAAAGUGUUGGAUUUAGUCGCCAAGGUCAAAGCCAUGCAGGUCAAGGACAAAUCUGGUACCAUGGCAACAGACUCUAUAGAAUAACAUGUCAGAGUUCAGAAAUACAAGGUGUGCCUUUCCUGAGUUCCAUUCUGUGAAAAUGAUUCAAUGCCCAUUGUAAAUCUUGUGACAUAUUUUUGUAAAUUUGUGCAAUAGAUAUAUAUAUUUUUCAUACAUCAAGAUAAUGUGUUCUCUAUUU